AUGGAAGCGGCAAGUCAGAACAAAACUGCUAACGAAGUAUUAACAGCAAAAGAAGCCGUUCAGAUUCUACACUGUGCUGCAGAUGUUCUGAAACAAGAGCCAGCGUUGGUGAUAACGAAGCCAUUGAGAGAAGGCAAAAUAAUUUUGGUUGGAAGCUUGUAUGGUAACAUUGUCGGUAAUGCGAAUGUCUCUUACGCUGGGAGGAACUGCAAUACGAGAAGCCAGUGUUGUACAGUACUAUUGCUUUUGAUUAUGAGAAUACACUGGCCUGAGGAUAUCAUCAUAUUGCGAGGAAGUCAAGAAACUGCUGUCAUCGGCAAGCAUAAUGGUUUUUUGGAGCAAGUAUGUUAG